CGGUGACCACAACAUGGCUGCGGCGCCGGGGCUGCUCUUCUGGCUGCUCCUGCUCGGGCCGCCCUGGCGGGUGCCCGGUCAACCCCACGCGGACACGAGCCGGCGCUUCGCGGAGCACAAACUGUGCGCGGACGAGGAGUGCAGCAUGUUAAUGUACCGGGGUGAGGCUCUCGAAGAUUUUACAGGCCCAGAUUGUCGUUUUGUGAGUUUUAAAAAAGGUGACCCUGUGUAUGUCUACUAUAAGCUGGCAGGGAGACCACCUGAAGUUUGGGCCGGAAGUGUUGGGCGUAUUUUUGGAUAUUUUCCGAGGGAUUUAAUCCAAGUAGUCCAUGAAUAUACUAAAGAGGAGCUACAAGUUCCAACAGAUGAGACAGAUUUUGUUUGUUUUGAUGGGGGAAGAGAUGAUUUUGAUAAUUAUAAUGUAGAAGAACUUUUAGGAUUUUUGGAAUUGUACAAUUCUGCAACUGGAGAUUCUGAGAAAGCUAUAGAAAAACCUCAGCGUGAGGACACCCCUCCUGAAGUAUUUGAGGAAAGCAACCUUGAACCUGAACCAGUAGAAGUUAACUCAGAGGAGAGUGAAAGUGUCUUCUCAGAAAGUACUAAGGAACUCAAGGAAAGAUCUGGGGCUCAGAAUAACCACCCCCAUGUAAACAGUCAAGCAGGUCGUGCUCAGGGAGACCCAUCUUCAUUUGGACCUUUUGAGGAAAUGCUACAGGAUAAACUAAAAGUGCCAGAAAGUGAAAACAACAAAACCAGCAAUGGUUCUCAGGUCUUGAGUGAACAGGAGAAGAUUGAUGCUUACAGACUUUUGAAAAAAGAAAUGACUCUGGACUUAAAAACCAAAUUUGGCUCAACUGCUGAUGCACUUGUAUCGGAUGACGAGACAACCAGACUUGUUACUUCAUUAGAAGAUGAUUUUGAUGAGGAAUUGGAUACCGAGUAUUACACAGUUGGCAAGGAGGAGGAGGAGAAUGAAGAAGACUUUGAUGAGCUGCCGUUACUGACCUUCACUCACGGCGGAGAAGAUGUAAGAACUCCAGUGAAGUCUGGAGUUGAGAAAUACUCAGCAGAUAGAGAGCAGAGUUCCAAUGAAGAGGAUAAAGUUGAGGCAACGCAGCCCCCUGGCAUCAAAAACUAUGAUAAAAGUAUACUAACAUCCUGGGAGGAUACUAUGUUCUCCUUCACAGAAGGUGACAGACAAACAGGUGUGCGUUUAGGGAGUUCUGAUUCAGAGGAAGGAAAAGAAGGUGUUGAUGCGUUUGUCCCACAUAGCAAGUGGGGGAAACCACGAUCAGCCACGGAUUACAUUGACCCUAAAAGGGCAGAAGAUCCUCUUUUGACUGUAGAUGUCCCUAAAACAAAUAAUGAAAAAGACCCAGAAAUUCACAUUACAGGAAAAGGGAUGAAAGUCGCAGAAUCCAAGAGGGGCCUGGCACAGGCUGAGCUGCGGUUGGAGGAGGAGAAGCAGGAAGGCAUGACUGCACACGGUUCUCCUCAAAGCGGUGACCCUGGCUCUUUGCCAUCUGCUGGAAAGGGUAAAGAAAUGUUGGAGUCAGCCUUCGAUAACAAAGAAAAUGACCUAAAAGGAGCAGCUGUUCAUAUUUCAAAAGGAAUGCUCCCUGAAGAAAAGCCUGGAGAGCAGAUUUUGGGAGGCGGCUUAGAACGUGAACAGGUACCUAAAGCUUCAGGGAGUCAAGUGAACAAGGAAAAGAUUGGUCAGAAAUCUGUGGAUAUUGCACCAUUGCUGGGAGGUAAUCAGCGUAAUGCAUCCAAAGACAAUGUGGAAGAAGUACACGUUUUAGUAAGUGGGUCAAAACCACACACACUCUCAGUGGAGCAUCCAAGUGAGGAAUUUAAAGAGGAACAGCUUCUUAAGACUCAGAAUCAACCUAGAUCCUCCCCUCUGGAUGAAAUUGGUUUGCCAAGAGAACCGGAAGAAGAGGGCCCCAUUUUGGGAAGAAAUCUUUCUUGGCCACAAGGAAGAGAAGAGGCUGCUAGCCACAGUAAGCAGAUGGAUGAGAAGAUAAGGCUCUCCAAGGAGGAGGUCAAAGAGGACUCCUCAGGUGAAGAGUUUGCUCCUCACAAGCCCCUGGUGGGCUCGCGGGAAUUGGGGGCAACAGGCCAGACAGAUGGCCCGGAAGGCCCAGGUUUCCAAGCUGAGAAAACAGAGGCAGAUGACGAUUAUAGCCCGGAAGAACUCCUGGAGGAUGAAAAUGCACUAAGUGCAAAACAGUCUAAAGAACAAAGCCCUGAGAUCCAGGGCGGGCGGCUAGAUGUUAAUCCACAGGCCCCCGCAAGAGCUGGUUUAGGCCCCAUUAAUCCUGAUGCAGAAACAGAAGGAAGCAAAGAAGAAACCAGUAGUAUUUUGGAAAUUGAGAAAAAAAGAGAAACUUUGGGCGAAGGGGUAGACACAGGGGCCAGGGAAGUGGGUAGCGGGGUGGUGGAAACAGAAAGCCCUCUUGUAGCUCAGAAAGCACAGAGAGCACCUGAAGUAAGGGACUCUCCUGACAAAAAAAAUCAGACUCUAGGGUUGGGUGAAAUGUUUCAGAAUCAAGAUACUGAUAAUUUUCAAGAAGAUAGCCUUGAGGAAUCCGUACAGAAGCCUGGGGUAGACGAACUCUUGGAAGAGGACCAGGGGGACUUUGAGAGGUUCGCGGACACAGAGAGCCAGGGGUCUGCCACUGAGGAGCACAAAGAUGCCCAGCCACACUGGACGCCACAUAUAGUGGGGGAGCGGGCGCGCAGCCAUGAAGUGAAGGACUUGCCUAUAAUCGGCAGCUUCUUUAAAGAACAGCAGUCUCUGCAAAGGUUCCAGAAGUACUUUGAUGUCCAUGAACUGGAAGCCAUGUUCCACGAGAUGUCGUUAAAGCUGAAGUCCGCACAGCAGGAGAGCCUACCCUAUAAUGUGGAAAAAGUCCUGGAUAAGGUCUUCCGUGCCUCCGAGUCACACAUUCUGAGCGUAGCAGAGAAAAUGCUUGAUUCCCGUGUAACCGAAAACAGAGAUAUGGGAAUGAGGGAAGAUAACAUAUUUGAAGAGGCGGCAGUACUAGAUGAUAUUCAAGACCUGAUCUAUUUCGUCAGGUACAAACACUCCACCGUGGAGGAGACUGUGGAGGAGGCUGCACCGCUGACCACGGCACAGCUCCCCCCGGAAGGCUGGGGCAGCUCCACGGAAGGGAUGCAACCGCACCUUGAAGACAAUUUCCCACAAGAUAAGGCAGAGGACCUUAAGGUAGAGAUUCUCACAGAGCCCAGCCAGUUGGAUCAACCUGUGAGUGGUGACAAAGGUGGCUCAGAAGUGCCACAGCAGCCAAAUACUGAGAAGGACGAAGAUCCAGGGAUAAUUACAACAGAAAGCAGUCCUGUUGACACUGUUGAUGCAAAAAAGCAACUAGAAACAAAUGCUGAAGAGCCAGCAAGUGUCACACCUUUGGAAAAUGCAAUUCUUUUAAUAUCUUCAUUCAUAUUUUAUUUAACUAAGACGUUAGUUGCUACAUUGCCUGAUGAUGUUCAACCUGGGCCUGAUUUUUAUGGCUUGCCAUGGAAGCCUGUACUUAUCACUGCCUUCUUGGGAAUUGGUUCAUUUGCCGUCUUCUUCUGGAGAACUGUCCUUGUUGUAAAGAAUAGAGUAUAUCAAGUCACUGAACAGCAAAUUUCUGAGAAGUUGAAGAAUAUCAUGAAAGAAAAUGCAGAACUUGUACAAAAAUUGUCAAGUUAUGAACAGAAGAUUAAGGAGUCAAAGAAACAUGUUCAAGAAACCAAGAAACAAAAUAUGAUUCUGUCUGAUGAAGCAAUUAAAUUUAAGGAUAAAAUCAAGAAACUUGAAGAAACUAAUGAAAUUCUGGAUGAUACAGCUAAAAAUCUGCGUGUUAUGUUGGAAUCUGAGAAAGAACAGAAUGUCAAGAAUCAGGACUUGAUAUUGGAAAACAAGAAAUCUAUAGAGAAAUUAAAGGAUGUUAUUUCAGUGAAUGCCUCAGAAUUUUCAGAGGUUCAAAUUGCCCUUAAUGAAGCUAAACUUAGUGAAGAGAAGGUGAAGUCUGAAUGCCAUCGGGUUCAAGAAGAAAAUGCUAGGCUUAAGAAGAAGAAAGAACAGUUGCAGCAGGAAAUCAAAGAUUGGAGUAAAUCACAUGCUGAGCUCAGUGAGCAAAUCAAAGCAUUUGAGAAAUCUCAGAAAAAUUUGGAAGUAGCUCUUACUCACAAAGAUGAUAAUAUUAAUGCUUUGACUAAUUGCAUUACCCAGUUGAAUCGGUUAGAUUGUGAAUCUGAAUCUGAGGGUCAGAAUAAAGGAGGAAGUGAGUUAGAUGAAUUAGCAAAUGGAGAAGUGGGAGGUGACCGGAGUGAGAAAAUGAAAAACCAAAUUAAGCAGAUGAUGGACAUUUCCCGGACACAAACUGCAAUAUCAGUAGUUGAAGAGGAUCUAAAACUUCUACAAUUUAAGCUUAGAGCCUCGAUGUCUACUAAAUGUAACCUGGAAGAACAAAUAAAGAAAUUAGAAGAUGACCGCCAUUCACUGCAGUCGGCCAAAGCCGUGCUGGAGGACGAAUGCCAAACCCUGAGGCAGAAAGUGGAGAUUCUGAAUGAGCUAUAUCAGCAGAAGGAGAUGGCUCUGCAAAAGAAACUGAGUCAGGAAGAGUAUGAGCGGCAGGAGCGAGAGCAGCGACUGUCAGCUGCGGACGAGAAGGCGCUUCUGGCUGCGGAGGAGGUGAAAACGUACAAGCGCAGAAUUGAAGAGAUGGAGGAUGAAUUGCAGAAGACAGAGCGCUCAUUUAAAAACCAGAUUGCUACUCAUGAGAAGAAAGCUCAUGAUAACUGGCUCAAAGCUCGGGCUGCGGAAAGGGCUAUCGCCGAGGAGAAGAGGGAGGCCGCCAACUUGAGACACAAGUUACUGGAAUUAACCCAGAAGAUGGCCAUGCUGCAAGAAGAGCCUGUGAUUGUGAAGCCGAGGCCAGGCAGGCCCAACACCCAGAACCCUCCGUGGCGAGGUCCUCUGAGCCAGAAUGGCUCUUUCGGCCCGUCUCCUGUGAGUGGGGGGGAGAGCUCCCCUCCUCCAACGGCUGACCCGCCUGCGAGACCUCUCUCCGCUACGCUUAAUCGAAGAGAUAUGCCUAGAGGUGAAUUUGGGUCAAUGGACGGACCUCUACCUCGUCCUCGAUGGUCAUCUGAGACAUCCGGGAAACCCUCUGCCUCUGAUCCGGGAUCUGGUGCAGCUCCCAUGAUGAACAGCAGCUCGAGAAGCUCUUCCCCUACUAAGGUGAUGGAUGAAGGCAAGCAAACUGUUCCCCAAGACCUGGAAGGCCCUUCAGUCCCCAGCAGUACAUCUGUGGCUGAGCACUCAGUAGUAGUGACUAUGGCUGCAAAAGGGCCCCCUCCUUUCCCAGGGGUGCCCCUCAUGAGCCCCCCCGCGGGAGGCCCUCUGCCACCGCCCAUUCGAUACGGACCACCUCCUCAACUGUGCGGGCCUUUCGGGCCUCGGCCCCUUCCUCCACCGUUCGGUCCUGCUUUACGUCCGCCACUAGGCUUAAGAGAAUAUGCACCAGGCAUUCCACCUGGAAAACGGGACCUGCCUCUUGAUCCUCGAGAAUUUUUACCGGGACACACACCUUUUAGACCUUUAGGCUCUCUUGGCCCAAGAGAGUACUUUAUUCCUGGUACUCGACUACCACCUCCCACCCAUGGCCCCCAGGAUUAUCCACCUCCACCUGCUGCAGGAGACUUACUGCCUUCUGGCUCUAGAGACGAGCCCCCACCUGCCUCUCAGAGCAGUAGCCAGGACUGUUCACAGGCUUUAAAACAGAGCCCGUAACUCUUGACCUCUGACAUUUAGUCUGAGAAAGUGGACUGUGUACUAUUCGUUAGAGUUAAAGGAUUUCAUUGGCUUCAGAAUCCAAGUUUAUUUUAAAAGGUUUUUAGAACUAAGCUGCCCUGGCAGUGUGCAUUUUUGAGCCAAACAAUUGAAAAAUGUCAUUUCCCCCCCGAAAUAAAAACCUCAUAAGCUAGAGCCUCCUUACAACUUUGAAAUGUGCAAUAAAGAAUACCUGUGUUUUAGUUAAUGUAGCGUAUGUAACUGCUAAAUGAUUUAGAAUGUCAUGAGAAAUAUGAACAUUUCCUGUGGAAAUGCUAGAAGAACAUGUAUUUCCAUUUAUUAUCCUAUUUUUAGUGUACACCAGUUGAACACAGCAAUGGUGUUUAUUAGCUUGGUUUUUUAAAAUACUGGUCGCAAAGACUGUUACGCUAAAAAUGUUUACUAAAAGAUCACUAAACUUUCUCUCCCUUCUUGCUGAAGUUCUUUGUAGUAAUAGUUCAUAAAAAUUUGGUUAUUAGUA